AUGUCUGCCAUCGAAUACCGCAAUUUGCUGUAUGAAAUAAGCCAGGAAGUCAACUGGCUUUCUGAAAGCCAGCGAUUAUUAUUUAUUUGCGAAGGAUUCAUUGGAGGAGGAAGUGAGCAUAGAAUUCGUGAUGUCCUAAGUUUGUUUAAGGAGCUGCAAGAGCAAAAAAAUCUAGGAAUUGAUAAUCUACAGCUACCAAAAGAGAUUGUGAAAGGAAUAGGGAAAUGGAAUCUUCUGGAAAGAAUCAAGAAGUUCGAAAUCAAAAGAGAGGAAUUUAGGGCAUUACUCGAAACUGUUAGCCGAGUACUCGCCGAAAGCGGUCAUCUGGAACGGCUUGUUGCAAUUUGCAAGGGAAGGAUAGCCGAGGAGAGAGAAAACACAAUAGAAAAUGCACGCGCGCUGCUUACAGAAUUAGAAAAUAAUAAUGCCUUAGCCGUUGGACAAGUAGGAAUUUUAAAGACCCUUGUGGGAGAAGACAGACCAGAUUUGCUGCAACAAGUUGAGGAAUUCGAGAGGAAGAGAGAACAGGAAGAAACCACGGAGAGAAAAAUAAAAGAAUCAGAGGAUGCGAAGAGAAGAAGAAAAGGUUAGUUAUUCGAUAAGAAACUGGAAACACUUCACACGUGGUUUAUAAGCAAUCUGGCGCAAAUUGAUAAAUAAAUAUUGAAUGAAGUGUGGCUAAGAAUAUAUCAUCAAAAUAUAAAGAAUUAUGCAGAUCGAAGUGCGGCCGAGAAAAAUUAAAACGGGGCGUUCUAACCAGCUAGAGACCCUAAGAUCUGAAAAGUCUAAUACCCCAAAACUCGAAAACGAAGACCCCUUAAGGUUUUUACUGUUAAGAAUAAGAAAGAAAACUUUCAAAAGUUACGCUCGUUCUCCCCAUCGAUCCCCAGAGGAGGCCUGUCAACCGGAAGUGGAUUUUUUUCCUUCUUGGGCAAUUGUUUUGUCCAAAUUUUUGAACAAAUUGGCUUUUAAUUUAUGAAAGUAAAUAAACUUAGCGAUACAAAUUUAAUAGCUUCGAUCAGAAAGUAAUUAGCAGGUAUAAGGCAAAAAUGUAAACCCUAGGGGGGCUCCCAUGUAAAAGUGACGGGCAUGCUCGUCGUCUCGCUUAGGGGUAUAAAUUGCAGAUUUUGGUCUCGCUUAGGGUGUUUGGGACGGAAAGUCACUAUAUUUUCCUAUUCCGGUAUCGCUUAGGGCUGUGCAUAAAGAAAUUUACAAAAAAUGCCGUAAGUAAUGUCAUCGAGUUUAGUAUGGUCUAAUGUUUAAGCUUGAGCCACACCCACAAUGGUCUCCCUUAGGCAAAGUUUAAUUUUAAUUUACCGACGAGUAUCCCCUCCCCCGCCCCCGGAGUAAACCCUCACCUAUUCCUCUUUGAAAUAUCGAGGCGUGAAAAGUCACAACCGCGCUGAAAACAAAGCUACCGUAGUAAGGCCAGCGUACUUCUAAAUAUAGAUGAGCUACAUAUCCCGUUUUUGCUGUUAAAUUGGGUAUAUGUCGAUGUGGCCAUUGAGCACGGCUGACGCGACCUCAGGACUGAGUUACCUGCAAGUACACGGGAAUACAGCCGCCUCAGUCAUCAACUCACAGCGGUGAGUUACAGGCUACCCUAGGAACGUACAACCUCAAAGACCUGAGCUCCUCCACAAAGAUCUCACCCACCAGUGGCAUCCAUUACCUACAGGUCAGUUCUUGAAUGAUAGAGAUAGGUUUAGAUAAGACAAAUCUAUUUUAUACUAACUCAAGCAGUAAUUAACUUCUCAUUGCUUUCCAAUUUCAGCUCAAGCUGUUGCUGUCUUGUCUUCCGCAAAAUAUGCUGGAGAGAGACUUAUAGGAAGUAAGCUUAAUAAUAUAUAAUUGAGCUAUGAAGCAUUUCCCCUCUCUGCAGCGACAGUCGUCAGUAUAUAUAUACUAAGAUAUCUUCCUUUUUUUCUCUUCUUCUUUUUCCGGUGAUAAUUCAAUCUUUUCAGUAAAAGGUAAACGAAAUAAAAGGCCAAAAAAAUGCCUCAGACGUUAAGUUACCGCGGGGAAGGUUUCUAACAGAAUAAUCUGCUAAGAAAGCGAACUAAUCAAAGAAAAAGGAGAGGGAUGAAAAGAGUAAGGGCUUAAAUGGUAGUAAAUAAUGGUGAUAGGACUGAGUGGAGUCCAAUUCGGUCUAAAAUAAGGACAGUUGAUAGCCAAUCAAAUUUGAGAAUUUUGUCAUAGUUUUGAUUAAUGAAAUUUCCCAAUAAUUAGAUGAAUGUACCCAAUAGCCCAGUCAUAACAUUAGUUUACUGAUAAUCUUAACAGCCGUUACUCCUUACUGCACUUUCCGUAAUGUUGCUGGUGCUACAGUAAUCGUCACCACCCGGAUGAUCUUGCGCAAGAGUACCAACCUUGAAGAAUUCGUAACAUCUUUCACUGAAGCCGUCCUUCCUGCUGCCAACACCUUGCGAGCAAUCAGUGAAGGUUCGAUAUGCUUCACAAUCCAGGCAGAAAACAGCUCAGCUCUUGAGGCACUGUGGAAACAGUACCAGGAUGGUGUUCUGCGUGACAAGCUUCAAGAAUUCCUGGUGACUGAUGAUUAGUUUGUUGAGCGUCCACCUCUCCUUCAUUGUGACCUCCAAGUAUAACUGCUUGUUCUGAUAGUGUUACGGACAAAACUAGAUUACUGUUGGCUUUGACGAGGUAAUUCAAGCUGACUAGUAGAUUUAGCUGCAAAAUGUGUCUAAAAGAGUGUCCCAAAGAUCUUCUUACGUCAGAGUGGGGCGUGAUAAGAAAAGUCAUGGAUAAAAGCCCGAAGGGGACACACCCUACACUAAAGAAAACUGAAAAAGAAUAGAAAAAUAUAUUUUAAAUGAAGAAUGACUUAAUCGCAAUUACCCUAGCUACUCUAGCUCUCAUUUGGCUGUCUGGUUAUGGUACCCUGCUCGAGGUGACAGAUAAAAUUAAAGCAAUGUACAGGUUAGUCUCCUUGGGGGUUAAGUUUGAAUUUUCGACCAGCAUCCCCGUUCCCUUCACAUACUGCGGCACGGCCCAGGAAGAAAAGCCGAACUUAACCUUUAUCUCAGUAGUAUUUUCAUGCCCAAUGAUCUACUAUCCUUUUUGUUCAUUUUGAUCUCUUUCAUGUAAACAGCCUUAAAAGUCGAGGAAAAUGUCCUUGAUAGACAAAGAAGUCGUCCAAAUUCUGAUUCAGUGGUAUAUACUACAGAAAAAGAAAACGAUGUGCCAGCUGCCGUCUUCCCGCAAACAAAGGAAAAAACGCAUCUCAUGGACUCAAGGGAUCCGGGUAAUCAAUAUUGCGUGAGAAAACACGGAUCUUGUUAAGCCCGGUUCUGACGCCGAACUUUUCAUGAGCCGAACCUAAUACAUUGAAUUAAGUGCAUGAAAAGUUCAGCGUCUGAAUCAGUUAGCUAAUAGGAACGCCUGUUUCAAUUUGGAACGGCUCAGUCGUUCUUUUCGCCUAGCCCAGCCGGGAAUUUAGUUUGGAACGGCUUUGUUUCAGACGCCGAACUUUUCAUGUACCGAACCUAAUGCAUAAAUUAUUAUAAAGUAUUUUGUAAGCAGUUUGACCGAAUUUUCGCCCUUUGAACCGUAGUUCAGCUGCAAUUAAGACCGGCGUCGGGAAUCAAUUCGGCCGAUCUUACAUGUAAUAAUUUGGCUUUGCCUUAAUUCGAAUUAGGUUCUGCUCUUGAAAGUUCGGCGUCUGAACCGGGCCUUUUUACCCUGAGAUAGUCCACUGAUUGCGUGUGAGUGGAGUUUGGAAUUAUCCAUUAAGAUGAGAGUAUUUAAAUGUUGGCGUUCACAACGCAAAGUAAAGUCAUCGAGUUUUCUGAGCGAACGCCAGAUUUCCCAGAAAGAAAGCUUUCAAAGCAUUUUCCCACCAAAAAAUCAUCGUAAUACCCGUGAGGAGGGGAAGAGAUGAGAGACUUUUCUGGCCUUUAAGAAUUUCGCGCUUUUAUGUGCGUUUUUUUUUUUUCUGAUGCGGGAGCGGAGAUUUGUGAAUCGAGUUUGCACACAGUAACCAGCCUUGAUUCGCAUCAUGUAGGAAAACAACACUGAACAAACAACGAGCCUCAAAACCGUUAAAAAAAAUUAUGGCCAUGAAAUGAGCCCGGUUUAUGCUCCUCUGUACGUCUUUCGCAAAUCGUUGUUUGGUAUACAGCCACUGGGCUUUAUAUCACCUUGCAUAGCUCAUCAGCCAGACUAGACGGGAUUCACCCUGUGCAUAUUCAACUGAUCGGGGAUUCAGGAUUUACCUGAUCACCGCAGUGUCCGUAAUAAAGAGGUUAAUUUUAUAUGAAUUUACUCUCUGGGGCAGAGAUUUAGUGUCCGUUAUCCAUAUUAGAAAUAGUCCGUAUUAUAGAGGUUUUUUACCGAAAAUAUAUGAGAAUUUUGUCGGGACAUUGAAAACUAUCCGUAGUAGAGAGGUUUCCGUACCGAGAGGUUCUACUGUAUUUCUUUUCUUCUUCGAUUCUUUUUCCUUAUUGUCCUUUUUUAUUUUUAAAUGUGUAUUGAAAAUCAUAUGAAGCAUUAUUUCGGCCCCCAUUUUAUUAAUUCAAACACGGUGGGUUCGCGUGAGGGCCGAAUACAUGGCCGGAAAACGCCAAAAUAAACUGAGCUACUGUGUGCUUUCCACGGUUCAAAAUGAAUUCCUCGCCGGGCAAGACGAUGUUUUCCCAGUACUCCGUGGUUUCUUGCUGUCUCCUUCCCCUUCGUUGCUAUUGCUGAAUUUAAAAUCGCCAUUCUCGCUCCAGCGGAGUUUCGGUGGAAAAUCGUUCAGGGCGAGGAUUUUCAGCAACUUGUUGGCACAUUCAAGCACACUCAUUACACAAGUAGAAAAUAAGGUGAAAACUCUUGUGUUAAUCCCUUGCUCUUCAUUUUCCAGAGGAUAGAGCAUUUGAAGUCAAACAGGGGGAGAAAAGCACAUUUAUGUGGAAAAUGGAAAGAUUUUUUUAUGAUCAGCCACAGAUGUUCCUUGAGCCAUCGGGAAAAUCUGACAGCGGUGCUUUCAGUCAAAGUACGUUUUCUGAACUGCAGAGCGAAGAAAAUAAAGGUAAUUACCCUUUGUUGUUGUUUUUGUUGUUGUUGUUGCUAGUUUAAACUACUCAUAACUCAUGUACACCGCCGGGGCGGAGUUGUAUGACAAACAAUACAUGCAGCAUGUCUUUAUGCCGGAACUGAGAACGCUAGGCAGAAAUUUUUCUUAUAAAGUACAACAACACUACACGAAACAGGCAUAAAUGGCUAUAUUAUAACCAGGGACAGAAAUCGUUAUAUUAUGACGCUAACAAACUACAUUUUCAUAUUUCGGCCAAGUCUUGUUUCCAAUCAUGCUCGGCGAUUUCAGAUGUGACGUCAUCCGUUAAUCCAACCUAGUUCCCAGGGUUCUCUCUCUUGCUUCGAGAAAGAACCCUGGUUGCAGCUGCUGCUCAUAUGACUAUCUGUGACAAUGAACUCCUCACCAGGAUAGGGCUAAUGCCUUUUAUCUUUAUCUGUGGUCCAUAUAGUAACUACCCUGGCUCCAGAGGUCUGUUCUCGAAGUACCUGGGAUGAUGAAAUAAACCGUGCUUACGGUUUGAAAUCAGAAAUUAGGAAAGAAAAAAAAAACUCUGGCAUCCAGGGUAUGGAGCAACUGAAUAUGAGCUAAAACUCGAGGCAGUAAUAUACACAUGCUAUUUGUGUUAAGGUAAAUAAAGGAGAGAGGAUUAUACUCUUCAUUACGCUUUCAAGAAGUGCUUCGAUCGUGUACAUCACAGAACACUACGAGAUUAAUUAAUUAAAUUCAGCUGAGUAGAAUUAAGCUUACAGUUUCUGAUUUGGUCCGUCUUGCUUUGCUCAGGUUCAUCAUUUAAAAGACAACAUGAAGAAACAAAACAAAUUACCUUUGAUUCAUGUUUCAUAGUUUUUAAGGACUGAAGACUGGUUUCAGUUCGGUACCGAGGCUAGCCUGAGAAAUUUCAUACUGAUGACGUGUCACCACCCAGAACUGGGUAGUGCUUCUAAUUGGUCGUACCGCCUGGGAAAUUUGCUUCAAGUAUUCAGAAGCACUACCCAGAUCUGGGUAGUGACGCAACAUCAGUGUGGAAUUUCCGCUCUCGUUUGUCAGACGUCAUUUCGCGGGGAAACCAGUGGUGGCGUAGCAAAGUGUCUGCUGUUUUCUCAGGCUAUACCGAGGCUGGCCGUUCAAGGCCGUCAAGUGCACUGACUAGUUUGCAUGAAAACUCGGCGUUUGUUUUCCUGCAACGACCGGCGGUCUUACAAAUUCUUGGUCAGUGAAAUUCUUGUAUUCUCUGCCCGGAUUCUCUGAGGAUGCCAAAAUUGAUUUAUAUCAGGGCUUGAAAUAACGGCCGGUCAACGGACAAUGUCCGGUCAGAAUCGAGCAUUGUCCGAGCAAAUCCGUGGAUGACCGGACAUGUUGUCCGGUCAUUUGGGCUUUCAAAGAAAAUUCAAUUUUGAGACAAUCAUGAUGGAAAUUUAUUCAGUCUUAUCAUGUUCCAAAAAAAGAUAUUAACUAGAGGGACUUUUGUUUGUGAAAUUGAUGACAUUUCCUGUUGUCAGUCGCAAACGAAAAUUGGCUACUGCUGUGCGUGUUGUAAAGUGCUCAAGAUUGCACGCCAAAACUACAACUUCUAAUUUUUUGCACACUCGAUUUGUUUUGAGUAACUAGAGUUGCUGUUGCUGAAAAUGAUACAGAUCAUGUAACUUGCAAAAUGGAGCCUCUAUUGCAACUAGUUAAGAUGGAUUAAAUUUGUCCGGCCAAAAAUGCCUAUGUCCGAGCAAAAUCACGUUUGACCGGACAAUGUGUCCGGCGCCUGCCCAAUAGUUAUUUCAAGCCCUGUAUAUACCUCUUCAUCUAAUGAUAUGAUUUCGAAACCCAUAAGGCUGACGGCUUUCCGGUUUUAGUUUGUCGGCAACCCUCGCUUCAUGCCACAGCCAAGAAGAAUCGAAAAAUUUCAAUGUAAAUACUUUCCGCGAGUCAAAAACAACUACACCCAUUUUUAAGUCGAAAGCACGUGUAUAAUAUGGAAAACUGGCCAUAAAUUUGUUCUUAUGACCGACAUACUUCGAACAGUCAAAGUGAUCCUUUUUGCAACCUCUCCAGUUAAAAUGGCGUCGCCCCUUGACUAACCAUUCUGUGAGAGAAAUAAAAGCCACUACAUUUUUUGUUUCUAUCAUCUAAAACGGUACACAAAUGAUUGGAAGGGACGUAUUUAACUUACACAGUCGAUAAAAUGAUCUUCAAAGACCAAGGAAGAUUUUGUCGCGUUAUUCAGUCUGGGACUUUUUCCCGCCAAAAGGGACACUUUGUUCCAUUUUUUGACAGGCUUCGCGCUGGCUGUAGCAUUCGGUUUCAAGGCUCCUCCGCUCAGUAGCAUAGCGUUAGGGUGAUCUGAGGACGUGGCUGAUUUUGGCCUGAAUUGAGUAAAGUGAGUUAAGAACUUUUUCCCGGGCCUCCUCGCGCCGAAUGGGAGAAUGUUUCUAUUCCGCGACGCGGCCAAAAGCAUUUAUCUCCGGAUAGAUCCCCCGACAGUUUUUAGCUUUGCCGUAAUUUUGGCUCGGUAGACUGCUUUGAAAUAUAACAUUCCAUCACCUCAAGACUUCAAGUUAAACUAGAAAAAGCUACAUAUUGUUCACAGGAAAAACCAGACUUACAGGCACCGUAUCACACUGACUAUUUGAACGAUUGUAUAAACUAGCGGUUUUAUUCUUCUCAGUUCUUGUGCUUAACUUUUUUAUUAAUUUCUAGUUCAUGCUUGAGUUAUAUGUAACGCUGAAACAACUAACAAUGUCGUUUGAUAUUUUAAGAGAUUUUUAUAUUCUUAUUUACUUAUUUUUGCCGGAUCCAGGUGGUCAGAAUAAUUCGUACCUACACCCCAAACCUUAUUGGAGUCAUCAGAUAAUAUACUUUUCUAUUUUACCUAUUGACUAAGUGCUUUAAAAAUGAAAUUGUUACCUCUUAAUCAUCAAAUACCACUUUUAUAAUCAAACUUGCCUUUAAGAAAGUUUACCAGGCCAGUAAAACAUGUGAACGGUGAAUGAAGGUAGAAGUUUGGACCCCCGUAUAAAAAAAUGUCCUAGAUCCACCUCUAAUAAUUGAGAGUUACUUAUUUACUCAGAAAGCGUCAUGCCUGUUGGAAGCGAAAUGA